CUUUCCAUAAGAAUUCCUUAACCUCCUGCUAAAAUUUUGCUGUCUUUGUCUUUACUGUUUCAGUCUUUCAGAUAAGCAUUUGGAACAAUUGUCCCUGUGUCACUAACUAUUGUUCCUUUAUUCCAAAGAGUUGCUCCUUUUUUGUUGCCAUUUUUUAAUUGGAGCACCCAAAAACUUAAAACAAAAGAAAAAGACUACAGAAAGGCCAAAAGAAGCUUCUUUUCUGCAUCAACAAAACCCCUAAUGGCCUGAACCAAAACCAAAGUUGCUUUUUUCUGUCACUUGCUCAAUAUUUUCUUGUGAAUUUUUUUUUCCUUUUCUUUUAAGCUGUAUUUGUCCAUGUCUAUACCAGUAGAACAUGAUUACAUUGGUUUAUCAGAAACUACUUCUUCUUCAUCUUCAUCACCUACUGAUUGUGAGGAUCUUGAAAAAAAUAAUGUUAUGAAGCUAAAGGAGACUGAGUUGAGACUUGGGUUGCCAGGUUCUUGGUCACCAGAGAGAAAAGAAGCAAGUGGAUUGUCUCUUUUUGGCAGAGAUUUGGAAGAUAGGAAUACUACCCCUUUGAAGAGGGGAUUUUCUUAUAACAUUGAUGUCUCUAAGAAAGAUAAUAAGGCUGGUCUUCAAGCUAAAAAGCCUGUUGAAGAAAACAAGUCUACUCCAGCUAAUGGAAAUGGUGUUGUUUCUCAUGCUUCUAAGGCACAAGUUGUGGGAUGGCCACCAAUUAGAUCAUUCCGCAAGAACACCCUCGCCUCCAAUUCGUCGACGAAUAAUGAGACUGAGAGAAAAUCAGGAAGAGAGUGUCUUUAUGUUAAAGUUAGCAUGGAUGGUGCUCCAUACCUGAGAAAAGUCGAUGUCAACACGUACACCAACUAUGCAGAGCUCUCAUCAGCUCUUGAGAAAAUGUUCAGCUGCUUUACCAUUGGUCAAUGCCACUCUGGUGGACUUCCUGGGCAAGAGGGGCUUAGUGAAAGUCACGUGAUGGAUCUCCUUGACGGGUCUGAGUAUGUGCUGACUUAUGAAGACAAGGAUGGUGAUUGGAUGCUUGUUGGCGAUGUUCCUUGGGAGAUGUUCAUAGACACAUGUAAGAGACUGCGGAUUAUGAAAAGCUCAGAGGCAAUUGGACUAGCUCCAAGGGCCAUAAGCAAGUGCAAGAACCAAAUUGUUGCAUGAAGUUGCUGUGAAGACAGGACGAUUCAGACAAUGGGAAAAGCUUUUGUGUAAAAAAUUUAUCCUUUUAUCUAACUUCGAAUAUGGAUUUAGCUUAAAUAUGUAGCAUUCCGUGAAGGGGAGAACUGCCUUGUCAGAAUAUACGAUCAACUAUAUCCAGAUUUUUGUAGGCUGAAAAUAUAUCUCUGCUGAAAUUGUUAGUG